CAGUAGGCGAAGGUUGAACAAUUUAUGUAAUUUAAGUCAGGCAGAUUGGCUCGCUCCUCCAAAUUCAUAGUUUAUGCUCCUACAAGUUGCGCGAUGACCGAGAGUACCAGCAAUAGGAGCCAACAGAUAUUCGAUGACCUGGACGAGAAUGAGACUUCGGCUGCCACUCAAGCCAACAUAUCCAGUCAGCUGGCCAACAAAAUCUGGGCCGUAACGCCCAACGACGUCUGCCUGGGGCUCGUGGAGCCGCCCGAGCAGCCUGUGCCCAAUUUUCCAACCGGAUGCGGAUCAGGAACGGGCUGUGAAAUGGGAUCUGUCAGCAAGCCAGCGGCCAGCGACAAUGCCAGCAUUUACGUAACCGAGGUGGAGCGGGUUCUCUACGAAGAUAGCACCAGUUACCCGGAGAACGGCAGCCAGAACUACUUCAAGGCGGCCGAGAACUACUCCCUCUUCGGGGAGAGCUUCCUCGACUUCCCCAAGGACACGGCCAGCUGUUUCGCGGGCCUCAAACCGAUGGUGAGUCAAGCUUGGAGUUCGCACCCGGGAUACGAGCGAUCCGCCAGGUCGGUGCCUCUAUAUGAAAGAAGACAAGCUUCUCCGGAACAUGAAGGCGCUGCCUCGGGGUCCAACUUGUCGGGGAGCGGCUUUCAGCAACAACAGAGGCAGACUCCCCAGCAUCAGCAGCAGCAGCAUCAACAACAUCAACAGCAGCAGCAACAUCAGCAGCAGCAGCAACAGCAUCGUCCACUUGGCAACGAAAAUCACAACCGCAACUCGGUGAAAAAUUUCAAUGAGAUACCAUUUCCGCAGUUUUACCAUCAGAUGCAACACCAAGCGCCGCCACAACCGCAGCUGAAUGCGCCCCACGGCCAGCAACAUCUCCACGUGCCACAGAAGCCCCUGCAUCAUCAGCAGCAGCAGCAGCAGCAGGCGGCACCACCGCUACAUCAUCCCAGUGUCGGGGAUCUGGCUGCAUUGUCCCACGCCAAUCCCAAGGACUUUGCUCUGCUCUACCAGCAGUUGAUGGCGCGGAACCUGCGGCAAGCUCCGCAGCACAACCAGCAGCACUCGCAGCAGGCUGCCCCGCAGCAGCAUCAGGCCCCUGGUGGUGCUGCUGCUCCAGCAGCCAUGAUCUACAAGAACCUGGAGUUUCAGCAGCAAGUGCAGCUGCGACAGUUGCAGCACUUGCAGCAGCAGCAGCAGCAACAACAGCAGCAGCAGCAACAGCCCCGCAUGCCGCGUGCCAUUUUUGGGGGCAACGGUGGUCAGCAAACGCCACAAAAUGGAAAGGAACCUCCAGUAGGAACCCGCAAGUAACGGCCCGCCAAAAAGCUCGGGGGUUCGAUUUCUCGAUCGGACUUAACGCCCAUUUAUUUGACCAACUCUUACAAUUAAAUUUUUUUCUGUAAUUACCACUUAUACAAGAGGUAAUAUUUUUGUUUACCAAAUUUUAGUCCGACCUUGGAACAGCAAGUAAUGUAGA